AUGAAUUCAUGGGUGCUGUUCAGCGGACCCUAUGGGAAGAGUGUUCCUAUGGAAGACUGUGAGAACAUUCUCAUGGUAGCUAGUGGCUUUGGAAUUGCAGCACAUUUGCCUUACCUAAAGCAGCUCAUUCAUGGUUAUAACGCCCGAAGGUCCGCGCUCGUCGGAUUCAUCUAGUAUGGCAGGUUCGUGACAUCGGUAAGUCAUGUCCCCUCUUAUUUCCUUGUAAGCAGAGACCUAACAGAGGUAGAUGUCACAAUCGCGGCCCAGUCGCUCCUGAACGGUGCAUUAAGCGAGGAUACGCUGGAUGAUGGUUUCGUAUGUAGCGCCAAAGCUGUGAUGUACUUAUCCUACUAACAGAGGAAAACAGAUCCUGACCAUUUCAAUAUACUGCGAAUCAAGCGACGCUACAACAUCCUUUGGAAAACGUGCAAAGGUUUAUCCAGGCAAAGCUCUAUUGCAAGAUAUCUCCCAAAAGGAAGUCACAGGAGAGUACAUUGAGAAGAAGCUAGUAGACAAUAUUGAAUGGGAUACAAAGACACCCGUGGAGGGAGAUGUUGAGUCUAGGAGACAGGCUAGGAGAGCUGGUCAAUUACUUGUCACUAGUAAGUUGUCUGGUAUUUUAUUCUUGCUGUGCUAACUAGUAAAAAGUCUCCAGUACCGACAGUAUCCGAGAUGAGCUACGAUGCGUCGUACGCGACCAUCUCACCGAUGGAGUUAGCUAUUUCGAACUUGAUUAUCAACCUUCGCAAGAGUGAAUCAAGGAUAUAGUUGCAUUUCUUGAAACAUCGCUGGAUCUUUACCUCUCUGGACCCUUCUUUUCUUUUAGAUAGAACAUAGUUUUAAAUUUAAAAUAUAUAUCUCCGCA